UCCGCGGUCACACAGUUAGAAACGCUGCCUGAAGAGUUUGUUUUAAUUUUUGCAACAAGAUUCGCGAAAACCCUUUGAGAAAACCCACGGAUUCACACUGAUAUCCAACGGCUUGGAGUGCAUUAAGCAUACGGUGUGCAAAACAACUUGCACAAUGUGGCCACAAACGUUGGAAAUGUCGCGGGACGAAUGCCGAGGCAUGCUGCGUCGACUUGAGCUUGAAUCCUAUUCGCAUAUAAUAAGCGUUUUUCGCGCGCAAGGCUCGCUGAGCGAACCAAAGGGCAAAAUGCUGGAGGAACUACGCCAACUGUUUCACAUAACCCCGGAGCGUCAUCGAGCGGAGGUGCGGCGCGCUGUCAACGAUGAACAACUCUGCACCAUAGCCGAAAAUGUCUGCGGUCCGAACACUUGGCAGGAAUGGUCCCGCGAAGGUCGUCGUCCGUAUCCGCUGCUGCCGCGCAUCAGUCCCCAAACGGCGCUAAGCAUUGUGGCCAACGAUCUGGCGGCGAAGGCGUGCCUGGAGAAUGCGAAACUGUUGCCGCCAGCCGAAACGGGUGCCCACUAUGCCGAUGCGCUCAUCGAUCAGGCCAACCUGAUGGCCCUCAAGCAUGGCCGGAACAGGGUCCAGGAGUCGACGCUAGUGAUCAUGGAUGAGCCGUUCAAAGUACCCGAUGUCCCCAACGAGGUAAAAAAGGCCAUACAAAAGCGCAAGGAGAACGAGGGCAUCGAUGCCAAGCCCAACAAGAAGCGACACAUGCAACAUCAGAUGCAGCACGACAAGCUGGAUCAUCUGCACAACCAGCAGCAGCAACAUAUGCAGCUGCUGGGUCAGCUGCCCCUGCAACAGAGUGGCCCAGAGGAUGGUGAAAUGGUGCCAGUGGAGCCGAGACCCAGUCCAAGGACGCAGCAGCAGCGCUUCUUCUACCAGCAGCAGCAGAAGCACAAGCAGCGGCUGGCCAGCAAGCGGAAUAUGGCCAACAUUUUGGGGCCCUAUCCUGGUGCCAUAGCGGCGGGCAGGGCGGCAGCAGCGGCAGCUGCCGCAGACUCUGUAAAGCGAGUGGCAGCACCGGCCAAGAGCGGUAGACGGGCACAGAAGCAAUUGCAGCAGCAGCAGCAACAGAAGAUGCAGCAGCAGCAGCAACAAAAAGUAUUAUUGCCCGUACCGGAGGCCGUGCCGAUAGCCAAUCAUUCGGUGGUGGAGCCGCAUGUGGAAUACAUCCUGGACGAGGCACUCAAGUCGGUGAGUGCCAGCACAGCGAUACCAGUGCCAGCACCAACGCAGACGCCAACGCAAACGGUGACGGUGUCGCCACCCACGGGCUUCCUGAACAAACUGAAGCCGCUGCCAGCCACGAGGGUGGUCUAUGGCCCGACAGCAGCAGCAGCAGCAGAGAUGGGUUCGCCCACAACGCCAGGGGUGACCAGUCGGGGCUUUGCCAACUCGCCAAUUGUCUUUAAAGAGAAACUGCAGGCGAGUGUGAUGCCCGUUCAGGUGCAAAUGCAGAGCCACAGCAGCUCCGGACAGCUCUCCACGCCCGUCAAGAAGUUCAUUAUGGAGGAGCCAGCAGCAGCGUCCACAUUACCCCUGACGCCCACACCCAUACCCAUGCCCAUCUCGACGGCCAAUCUUCCUUUGGCGCCGCAAAUCAUUAGCGUGCAGCAGAUACCGGCACCGCCCAUGGGCGCCAAGCUGCGACCAGCUCUGGGACUGGUGAAUCCCACAGGGGGAGGCAGCAGCAGCACCACCACCACCAUACUCCCACCCGGCACCAAGCUGACGCCGAAGAAGAUCAAUUUCCUGGACGGCACACAGCUUGAGGCCAAGCCCAAGAACUUGCCCAGUUCGGCAGUGCGGCUGCUGCCGUACACGACGGAUACGACGGUGUCCACGCCAUCCACGCCGCAGGCCAUGUCCAGCAAUCUCAAGGAGCAGCCGCGGGGGACAGUGACGCCCCUGAGCAGCGCCUCCACGGUGAAUAUUAUCAAGAAUAUACCAGCCAGCAGCUUGAACAACACACUGAUCACGCCACUGGCAACGCCGACGGCCACGGGCACGCCCAUCUUUAGGGGCAAGGCCACAUCUCAGCCUCAACAGCUGCCGCCGGGCAGCGUGACGCUCAAGGCGGCGGGCACGGGCGGUGCCAGCUCCUCCAACACUGGCGCUCCACAGAUACUGGGAAACAUUAAGCUGACGAGUGGCACAGGGACGGGCAGUGCCCUGAACAUCAAACAGGUGCACAGCAGCGCGCUGCGCAACAUCAAGAUCUGUUCGCCCAAUGGCAAGGUGUUCCUGCAACCGGGCAAGCUGCCCGCGGGCAGCAUCAUCCACAAGCUGAACAAUGUGACGGGUGGCAGCGGAACUACAACUACAGUGGCCACAGCGUCGCUCUCACCCACGGGGGGUAUGCCGCAUGCGCCGGGCUCACCGCAUCAGCGGAUCAGCAUACAGAAGAUGCAGAUACUGCCAGCGCCGACGCAAGUGAUGUCCAGUGGGAUGACCAGCAGCAGCACCAACACUCUAACCGUCAGCAGCGGCACGGGAACAUCCGCGAGCAGUGCCAAGCUCACGACAAAGCCCACCACUCUGACAUUUUCCACUGGUGCUGGGGGUAAAAAUAAUCUCGUAUUCCUGCCGGCCAGUGCGGCGAGCGGGAUGCGUGCCGUGACGCUGAGCACCAAGCCCAAGCCGAAUGUUUUGGUGAUUGGUGCCUCCACCUCGGCCUCGGUAGUCUCGCCGUCGGCAGCCUCAGUCUCGCCGAAUCUUCUCACAGGCAGCAACAGCAGCAGCGGCGGUGUCGGUGGCGGUGGCAGCAGCUCGUCGAAACCCAAACCGAAUCAAAUGAUUACAGAGGACACGCCCAUAGAUAUCAUCAAUAUGCCCAUCAUUGUGGCGGAUAAUGGAGCGACGACGACGACGACGGAGACGAAAGUGAAAUCGGGGCCACUGGUGCUGCUCAAUGCCACCGACUGGGAGAUGGAGCUGGAUCAGGCGGCCACCAAGACGGUGAACACAACGGGUUCUUCCAAGCAGAGUCUCGAUGAUGAUGUCAUUAUCGAGGAUGUGGAUGUGGAGGAUGAUGAUGUGGUGGCAGUGGAAGUGGAAACGGAAACGGAACACGAACACGACACGCUGGAGCUCAACAAUCGCAUCAUUGAACUGCAUCCGGAGGAUGACAGCGCCAUCGAGUACGUGGACAUGGAUCUAGAGCAGCCAAUUGAGAUUGAGAGCACCAGCAACAUAUCCCCAGAGACAUCCCUGAAGGCAGCAAUCGUUUCGCAUCUAAAGACGAAGCAGCAGCAGCAGCCAAUGGAGCAGCCACUGGCCAGUACACUGUAGAGUAAGGCCUCUGCCUGUUAAAUCAUUGUUAAACGGAGUUGUAGAGAACGCACAGCAGCGGUCGGAAUCGGUUUGAAUUAGGUUUAGUUUAUAUUCAGUCCUUAGUCUCAAUGUCGAGAUGUGUCUCUCGGACUAUCUCGUGUCUUUUGGGGCAAAGUGCAAGAUUAACUUAUACGCAAUUUUCUUAACUUGGAAACGGAAAGCAAAAAUAUGAAGAAAACAAAGCAAGUUUUUAAUGGCCAAAAUCAUUUUUAGAUAAACACCCCCCCUUAAAAACCCAUUCGUUCUAAACAUUAAUAUAGUUAAAGGUUUAUCUUUUCUCGCUUAUAAAUAUAUUUUAAACCUCUGCCACCCUUUCUCCCUCUCUCUCUCUCUCUCUACUGUACAUAGGGCCCAUUGCCAUUGACGCCUAAUCCCCUUGUUGAUGGGUACUUUCCUACUCUUUGCGGAGAACAGAACCUUAACUUGUAUUUUGUAUAGAUUGUAUAUAGAGUCUACGAUUCAUUCAUUCAUCAACCCAGCGCCCAGCUACAACAUCUUUACCAUCAUUUUAGUUUAGUUGUCUAAGUUUAUGAUCGAAAUUACACGCAAAAAGUUACCCACAACAGCAGCAGCAAUUAAGAAUUGAAAGGUAGAAAUUUGUUUGAAUGUUCAAAAAAUAGAACUUGAAAGAAAAUAAUUAUUAACUUAAUAUGAGAUUAUAGAGCCUUAAACCACGCGACGAUCCCCCUGACCCUACCAAGAAAUGUAAAUAAUUGUGAAAAUAUCAUUAUCAGAAUUUGGAAAUGCAAAAAUUACCCCGCCCCUGUAUAAUGCAUACUAAAUUUAAAUAUAUACAUGUGUAUAGAGACUCCCUGCCCCCGCGACCCGUAGUUCCAUUUAGAAGUGGUUGGGAAGCAGCUUUUUGAAAACAACAACAAAUACAAAUGCUAGCUAUAAAUUUAUAUUUUAUGGGUCGAUUUUUGUCAUAAGAAAAUGUUGUAACUUUUAGACCAAAACGAAAAAUGGAGAUAAAGCCCCUUAAAAAAAAGAGAAAAAAUAUUACAAUUAAGAACAACAAAAACAAACAACUCUUCUCUCCCUCCACCCGAACAGAGCAAACAGAGUUUAGAGUUAAGAAUAUUAAUAUUAUAAUAAAAAGAAAAACAAAACAAAAAAAUAUAUUGUUGAACAAUUGCGUGUCGCUGUACAAUUUUUAGCAUAGAAAUUUUAA